UGUGUAGAUGUGCACGUUAAUUUGAAGUGCAGCACAGCAGCAGCAGAAGAAGAAGAAGCAUGGGGCAGCAUUAGUACUACUACCUCUCUGUCCUCCUCCACUCCCGGGACACUUGAUGGGUGGUGGUGGCGGGAGGAAGAGAAAGCGUUCCCACCAAAGAAAAGAAGGCUGAGCUUGGACUACUUCUACCUGUGCAGCAGCAGCAGCUGCAGCUUAAUAAAAAUUGAUGAUAGCUACGCUGAGGAAACC